UUUAAAAUUUUAAUUAUAAAUAUUAAAAAUCUUAAUUUUAAUUUAAUUUUAAAAAUUAGUGAAAGUGACGAUCGAAAAAAUGAAACGUGAUAAGUAGUAAAAUUCCGUGAGCAGGGGAUAUAUAGAGCAGUAGAAAGAGAAUUUAUUGAAAAGAGAAAAAUUAGGAGAAAUGACUUUGGGACUAAUCAAUGCAAAUCCAGUGGUUCACGAGAAGAAGGAAAGAAUCGCUCGUGCUGAUGAUCUUCCUCACGCCGAUGACGCCGUUGAUCCUCUCGAUAUUUAUGAUGUUGUGAGGGAUAUAAGAGAUCCGGAGCAUCCAUAUUCUUUAGAGCAGCUGAGUGUACUCUCCGAGGAGUCCAUAACUGUUGACGAGAAGCUUGGACGCAUUCUGAUAACUUUCACCCCAACCAUCCAGCACUGUACCAUGGCAACUGUCAUUGGCCUCUGUUUGAGAGAGAAGUUGAAGAAUUGCUUCCCUCCACAUUUUAAGGUAGAUAUAAAAGUAGCUCCUGGAUCUCAUGCGGAUGAAGAGUCAGUUAAUAAGCAGUUGAGUGAUAAAGAACGGGUUGCUGCUGCCAUGGAGAAUCCAAAUCUUCGCCAGCUUGUAGACGAGUGUCUCUAUUCGAGUGAGCUUUAAAGAAACUAUGCUUUCAUUUCCUAACAAAUUGUAUAGUAAGUCUACUUAUAUUUAACAUAUGUCGUCUGGACAUGGAUUUGUUCUACGAGAUUCGAUAACUCUGAUGCAAGGAGUAGUGAUCAAUCUGUUUGAUAGUGUUGAUUAACAUGACGUGAUUUAUCGGUGCACUUCAAGUACGUCUACUUGCAAUGUUCCUUGAGGCUGAUGAAAGUAGCAUUGAUCAAGGGAUAUCCCCGCCUCUAAACUGUAAGCUGCCGUCAAAGUUUGUAAAAUUUGCUUAUGAUAUAUUAGUUUAAGAAAAAAAAAAGUUUUACAA